UGGGGGGCGUCUCCCUGUCUAAUGACACCGACCGAUCCCUCGCCGAGGUUGUAGAAUUGCGUGGAUCCCGACGUUCUAUUUUCGAAUCUCACCUCCCUCGGGAACACCGUAUAGAUUUAAGGCGCUGUAAGUGGCUUUGACGUAGUUUUGACGUGUAACUAAAUACUCAUUUCCAUUGAAUCUGGGGAAGGAUCGUGCAUUUUUCCCUCUGCCUUCCAGCUUAGAAACCACACGAGAGAAACCCGCUCACAUAGCAACAAGGGGAAAAAGAAGAAGCAGAAGAAGACUUUAUAUUUAUACAGCACUUAUUUUUCUAGCAUAUAUAUAAAUAUUGUAGAUUUUGCACAUACCACACACAGGCAUGGAUGGAAGAUUUUGGUCGUACCAAUACAUCGCUGUAGUUUCGAUUUUUUCUGCGUGCUGUUUAGUGUGUGUGACUGGGAUAGACAGACAGUAUGUGAAUGAGUGGGCUGCCGAGAUCCCAGGGGGGCCAGAAGAAGCCCAACUACUUGCAGAACAACUGGGGUAUGAAUUCCUUGGCCAGAUCGGAUCACUUGAAAACCACUAUCUAUUUAGACACAGAGCUCAUUCGAGAAGACAUCGAAGAAGUGCCCCUCGGAUUACAAAAAGGCUUGCAGAUGAUGAACGAGUGUCCUGGGCUGAACAGCAGUAUAUUAAACAGAGAAGUAAACGUUCUGCCUUCAGGGAAGACACAGAAAAGCUUUUUAAUGAUCCCAUGUGGAGUCACCAGUGGUAUUUGCAAGACACAAGAGUGAACCCCUCUUUACCAAAGCUGGAUCUGCACGUCAUUCCAGUGUGGAGAAAAGGAAUUACAGGGAAAGGAGUCGUCGUAACCGUGCUGGAUGAUGGUCUUGAAUGGAAUCACACAGAUAUAUAUGCUAAUUAUGACCCAGAUGCAAGUUAUGAUUUUAAUGAUAAUGACAACGAUCCUUUCCCUAGAUAUGAUAUUACAAAUGAGAACAAACAUGGCACCAGAUGUGCAGGUGAGGUUGCAAUGAUUGCAAACAACAAGAAAUGUGGUGUUGGAGUUGCAUACAAUGCUAAAGUUGGAGGAAUCCGUAUGCUAGAUGGUGUUGUAACAGAUGCAAUUGAAGCAAGUUCAAUUGGAUUUAAUCCACAACAUGUGGAUAUUUACAGUGCAAGCUGGGGACCCAAUGAUGAUGGGAAAACAGUGGAAGGACCUGGACGGUUAGCACAAAAGGCUUUUGAAUAUGGUAUUAAACAGGGCCGAAAUGGAAAAGGCUCCAUCUAUGUAUGGGCUUCUGGAAAUGGUGGUCGUCAAGGAGAUAAUUGUGAUUGCGAUGGGUAUACAGACAGCAUUUAUACCAUUUCUAUAAGCAGCGCCUCUCAGCAAGGACUGUCUCCCUGGUACGCUGAGAAAUGUUCGUCCACUCUGGCUACGGCAUAUAGUAGUGGAGAUUACACAGAUCAGAGAAUUAUAAGCGCUGACUUGCAUAAUGAUUGCACGGAGACUCACACUGGAACUUCCGCUUCAGCUCCCCUGGCUGCUGGGAUCUUUGCUCUUGCACUUGAACAUAACCCGAAUCUUACCUGGAGGGACAUGCAGCAUCUAGUGGUCUGGACAUCAGAGUAUGACCCAUUGGCUAAUAACCCCGGUUGGAAAAAGAACGGAGCUGGUUUAAUGGUAAACAGCAGGUUUGGAUUUGGGCUUCUCAAUGCCAAAGCACUUGUGGAUUUAGCUGAUCCUAAAACAUGGAAAGGAGUACCAGACAAGAAAAUCUGUGUUGUAAUGGACAGCGGUUUUAAACCCAGGUUUUUAAGAGCAGAAGGGGAAAUAAUUGUAGAAAUUCCCACUAAGGCAUGUGAAGGUCAGGAUAAUUAUGUAAAGUCCUUGGAGCACCUGCAGCUGGAAACCACUAUAGAAUAUACACGCCGUGGAGAUCUUCACAUCACGCUAACAUCACCAUCAGGAACCAGUACAGUCCUAUUAACUGAGAGAGAGAGGGACACGUCUCCUAAUGGCUUCAAAAAUUGGGAUUUUAUGUCUGUUCACACUUGGGGUGAGGAUCCCACUGGCACCUGGACCCUGAAAAUCACUGAUAUAUCAGGAAGACUGCAAAAUGAAGGAAGAAUUGUUAAUUGGAAGUUGAUACUACACGGGACAUCCACAAAACCUGAGCACAUGACCCAUCCCAGAGUCUAUACAUCUUACAACAUUGUCCAAAAUGAUCGUAGAGGUGUGGAGAAGCUGGUUGAUAUUGGCAAGGAGGACCUCAAUAACAAUUUUGUAACUGGCCAGCCAGGAACAACUGAAACCCCACAGGAGCAAAAUGAGAAAGAGGAGACCGCAAAAUCCCAGGCAAUGCUUCACCUUUUGAAAAGUGCAUUUGACAGAGAACAGGCUCCUUUCACGGCAGAAGAAACACCCAUCGCUAAACAUCAUUUGUAUUAUGUUCUGGAUAAAAUAAGUAAACAGCCAAACCCAAAGGACUCAGACGGUGACAUAUACAAUGAGUAUAUCGACCAUUUCUAUAAUACCAAGCCUUACAAACACAGAGAUGACAGACUGCUCCAAGCUUUCCUGAAUAUUAUAAACAAAAAACCCUAGAGUUACAUAGGGCUAGGUAUUCCACCAUGUUGGAAACAUUCAUGCCUUUCAACUGCCAUUCUAUUUUGGAUUUCAUUGGUUUUGGAGCCCAAUUAAAGUGCAAGUAAUACUAUUUCUUUAAAAAUAACAAAAACAA